AUGUUGCACAUCUCGGCUCGUUCUCCCAUCUUGACCAUCGCAGCUCCCACAGUCGCUCCGCCACAGAAGAUGGCGUUCGCGGCAGAGGAAUCGCAGGAGGGAAAUGUGGUGCUCUACACCGUUGUCGGCUUAUACCUCGCACUGCUGACUGUGAUUGCGAAGCUCGCACACAGAAGGAAGCAAAAGCAGGCUGCGGUGGUUGGGAAGGUGAAGGCUCACUUCAGCGGCUCCUUCGGCAAAUUCACGUUAAUGCUCACGACCUUCUCCACAAUUUACUCUGGCUAUACCGUGACUGGAAUCCCGGAGGAGGCUUUCAACAGAGGCUACAUAUCACUUAGAUGGAUCGGAGCUACCUUGGUAAUCGUGGCCGGGAUGUUGCUGCUGUACCCAAGGCUUCGGCGCUUAUCCGUCGAGCGGAGCUACACCAGCCCUUUCGACUUCAUCUCGGAUCGCUUCGGUACCCGGCGUUUGAGGCUCCUUUGUGCAGCCUGCGGCGUUGUGCCGAUGCUUUUGUAUAUCGCUGUGCAGAUGGUCGCCUUUGCGGCUAUGGUCGAGGGCAUGACGCUCCAAGUUAUCCCGAAAACACCCUGCAUGCUGAUCUUCUGUGUUAUCAUCAUCACCCUGGAAAUGUUGGGCGGCAUGAACAGUGUCGUGUUCACAGAUGUGGUGCAGUGCCUUGUCAUGCUGCUCUCGUUCCUGGUAACUCCAUUUGCCUUGGGGCUUGAAUAUGGCUUUUUACCAGAGAUGGCGCCAGGUGAUUGUGCCUACCUUAGCCAUGUCUCUCCGAACUCCACAAGCUCUCAUGCCGCACCCGUGCCGUGCGUCGGGAGCAACUGCCUUGCAGCCGGCUGCAUUGCCGCCGUCAGGCCGGACUUUUUCUUGUUUCCCAGCAGAUCCGAUUUCUGUGAUGUGUUAUUUUUCCUCUUCAACAUGUUGGCGGCACCGGUUACGCCUCACAUGCUCCAGCGUGCAUACCUUGCCAAAGCUGAUGCUGAUCUGCGUUGGGUAAUCGGGGCGAUGCUACUUGCGCCGUUUAUUGCGCAGCCACCUGGGAUUGUGAUUGGUCUGGUGAAGGCCGCAAACAACCCGGCGUGGCCUCCCAUUGACCAAACCGCGACAGCUUUUUCCAGUGUGAUGGCGCAAUUCAAACUGGUCGGAGUGCUCCAGUACGUGUUCGUGUCUGUGAUGACCUGCUGUGCGCUUGCAGCCAUCAUGUCAACUGCAGACUCUGCGUUGAUGGGGGUUUCGAGUGUGAUCUCCAAUGACAUUCUCUCGAAGACCUUGCUUCCUGCUCUCUCGAGCGAAAAUGUGGUCAGGGCAGGCACUGUUGCAUCGCUCUGUGCAUGCAUGGUGUCCUUCUUCCUUGGGAACUACCUGACAAGUACACAGAUGGGCGCCAUCAAGAGUUUCAAUGGGGGUAUGAUGAUGCAGCUGUUGCCAGCUUUUGGCAUGGGGCUUUACACUGAAGUGUCAGAGCGAUCCAUCACAUUGGGAAUUGUAGUGGGCCUCCUGUCGCUGUUGGUUCUUGUCAUAUGUGGAGAUUCUUUAGGGAGCUACGUGCCGGACAUUAGUCUCUCGGCUCUCCUCAACUUUCUCACGGUGGGCCUUUCCCAUAGCAUGCACUGCCUAGCUGAUGAAAGUGCGAGCAAGCUUCUGAAUGUCAAGGCGAUCCGUGACAUGAUGGCCUCUUCCAGAGAGCCCAAACUGGCCCUCGUUGCUCUUAUGCUGGGUCUUGCUUUGGCAUCAGCACCAUGGUACAGCACGCCCGGCGCGCCGGAACCCAUAAUCUUUGGUUUCCCUCGGUGGGGCUGCAUUCAGCUUGGAGCCUUUGUUGUGGUAUUUGCCCUGGGGAUGCUAACCGUGACCCUGUGGAAGCCGCCCCAGCCUGCAGAGAAGACUGUUCCGCCUCCUUGUGAUGUGCAAAGCGUUGUGGAAAUGCCGGCCGAUGCAGCCACCAAGUGCUAG